AUGGCGGCAAAGUCUCGCGAGAUGGUAGCGAAUCGUACCAACGGAGGCUACGCGCAUAUCGGCGAGCGGCUCCAUGACGAAGCACUAUCAGAUAUGGCCAAGAAGGUGCAGCGUCAUGAACGUCGUGUGGCUGAGCGUGAGGAGCAACAAGACUGGAUGUGUCCGAAGUGUGCAUAUGUGAACCAGUAUACCGAUUCUCGAUGCCAGAACAUUGUGGCAUUAGCACGCCAAACGUCGAAGCCCCACCGCGGUAGGUCCCCUACCUCAUCAAACACCGGGCGUCGGGGGACUGCAACUACUAGCUCCAACAGUUCGUUUGGCUUUCUGGAGUCACACCCCGAGGUACUUUGCGGUCAGCCGAAACCCGAACGGCUUUUCCAGCCAACGCUGCUCACAACUUCAGCUGGUGUCAUGAAGGCGGUUAGCGCCAACAAGGACAACUCGACGCGCGUGGCAAGUUUGCGUCGCGAGCGUCACCGAAGCGCAAUUGAAGAAGAGUUCCAGCAAACGUGUCCAUUUCGCCCGAAGAUCAAUAUCGUGUCGGAGGAGAUCGUGCGUGAAAAGCUCGAGACUGCCGCUGCUGCAGCUGCUCUGCAUGGCGAAGCACCACGGCCGCGAAAUCCACACCAUGAACUCUACGAGAAUUCAUUCCAAGCUCGAGCGCUGCGAGAGGAGCGCGAGGAGGAAUACUUCAAGCAGUUCCCAUUCAAGCCGGAUAUUGGUGUCAAUGCGCUCUGGGUGGCCCCUGACAAGUCCCAAAGUGACUUUGUCGAGCGUCUAGCGGUUGACAAAUACCACGAGCUGGAGCGUAAGCGUGUUGCGCUCUAUGACAAGUACACCCCAGACCGUGAUCCUCACACUGGUAAAGAGCUCUUCAAGCCAGAGAUUGGCCGUGCACCCGCGUUUGCACGCAACAAACAAGGUCUACCAAUUGGAAACUUUUUGCACGCUGCUCACCGUGAGCAGCAAGAGUACCACCGCCAGCUACUGGAAAAGGACCAGCGCGAGAUCAAGAAGAAGUCGCAGCAAACUUUCGUGUCGGAGGCAUCGCGACAGGCGCUUGAGCGGCGAAAAGCUGGUACGUGUACGCGAAUUUUUGAUGCUCUCCUCGAGUUAUCUCCGGAAAUCUCGCGCGUGGUUGCGAUUGUGUUCGAGUAUGCCAACCAUGCUCCGAUCUCACGCGACUCUUUCUCGAAGUAUAUGGAUCGCCUCGUGCGCGAAGUGCCUGGAAUUACCUACUCGCAGAUCAUCUUUCUGGCUGAGUAUCUCCACACGGACAGAGGUGGUCGACACCGCCACCAGCUUCACCAUUCGGACCUCGAAAGAGAAUCAGCCCUUGCAGCAGCCGAGGAGAAGGAGCUGACUUUCCACCCAGUGAUUGACAAGAACUCCCGUGAGAUUGCUACCAAGCACGGUCGCGUGUCGAGCUCCAAGGUCUUCCAAGCGCUCAACCAAUACUACGACCACUACCUGGAGCGGAAGGAGCAGCUCCGCAAGCAGCAGCAGCGUGACUUUAGGAAGUCACACCCAUUCCACCCGACGUUGGUCACGAAGGCGCAUCAGCGCGAGCCUGCAGCCACUGCUUUCUACGAUAAGAUCCGAAUGGGUAACAGCGAAGACUCGGGUAGGGCUGUGCCUUGGGGAGCUACUGCAUCCGUGUCGUCGGCGUCCGCGUCCUACCGACACGCCGGAGCAUUGUGUCCACCUCCUACCCCGCUCCAGACGGCGCUGUCGAAUGCGAGGCCUUAUGUGCGUCCCAUUGAGGCUCUCGAGAGCAACGAGCGCAGCAGGUUCUACACUGCAGCAACCGCCGAUGAAGCUCAACUUGACGAUGGAGCAGGAAACAUGUCGAGGAGCUCCUCAAGCUCGCAGCUCCUGGAAGACGCGGAGCUCACGUCCCGAGUGCUCGCGGCACUGGAUGAGAAGCCCUCGGCUGUCUCUCCACCCCCCGCUCCAGCAUCAUACCGCCUGACGAAGUCCCUGUCGGUCAGCGACAUCUCUAGUGGGUCUAGCAAAGUAUGCUCCGUGCGAUCGCCCGAGGAUGCAGCGCUAAGCCCCAUGAACUAUGGCAUUUAG